CUCUCCAAGCUCCAUACUAUCUUGAAAGGGAAUUUAGCAAGUAGAUUGGUUGAUCUUCUUAAUCUGUUUUCAACUCUAACACUUCCUUAAGAUCCAAGACUAAUUUUUUUCAGAAGUUCAUCAAGCUUCUCUUCUAUGUUCCAUUUUCUACCAUCUAAAAUUUGUAAAACUUAUGCUUAAGGUAGAUCCUGUUAGGUAAAUAUAUUAGGUUUUUCAAAAUUUUCCAUAUCCUUUAUAUGCGGUUGAGUAGUUGGAGCAAUUGAGCGGGUUAAUUAGUGGAAGAAAUUAAUUUAUCACUAACUACCAAUUAACCAAACUGGUUUGGUGUGCUGCAAUAUCAUAGACCAGCGAGACCGAUCCUAAACCAAACUGAAUCAUCCUUCAUCGACUUCCUGGGUCUGCUCAUAGGCUCAUCGUCCGAUUCAGAGACGAAAGGUAGUAGAUGGAUUUGAUGGAGAAGAACGUGGAGUUAGUCGAGGUUCAGAAACUUGAAGGCCACACCGAUCGGGUUUGGAACGUAGCCUGGAACCCCGUCUCCUCUCACGCCGGCGGUACUUCACCGGUUCUUGCUUCGUGCAGUGGCGAUAACACCGUACGAAUCUGGGAACAGAGCUCGCUCUCUCGCUCCUGGACCUGCAAGACAGUUUUGGAAGAAACGCACACACGAACCGUGAGGUCGUGUGCUUGGUCACCUUCAGGAAAGUUAUUGGCCACUGCAAGUUUUGAUGGUACAACUGCUAUUUGGGAGAAUUUUGGGUCUGAGUUUGAGUGUAUUUCUACGUUGGAGGGACAUGAAAACGAAGUCAAAAGUGUAUCAUGGAAUGCAGCUGGUUCAUACCUUGCAACCUGUAGUAGAGACAAGUCUGUCUGGAUUUGGGAAGUGCUUCCAGGUAACGAAUAUGACUGUGCUUCGGUGCUAAAUGGGCAUACACAAGAUGUGAAGAUGGUUCAGUGGCAUCCCACAACUGAUGUUUUGUUUUCUUGCAGUUAUGAUAACACCAUCAAGGUUUGGUGGUCUGAAGAUGACGAUGGUGACUAUCAAUGUGUCCAAACCUUAGAUGAAUCUAACAACGGUCACACCUCUACUGUUUGGGCCAUUUCAUUUAACGCUGCAGGGGACAAGAUGGUCACUUGUAGUGAUGAUCUAACCUUGAAGAUAUGGGAGACAGAUAUUGCAAAGAUGCAUUCUGGUGAAGGAUAUGUUCCCUGGACUCAUGUUUGUACACUCUCUGGUUAUCAUAACCGUACCAUAUACUCAGCUCACUGGUCAAGGGAUGACAUUAUUGCGAGUGGAGCAGGCGAUGAUGCUAUACGGUUGUUUGUGGACAGCAAACUUGACUCUGUUGAUGGACCUUCAUAUAAUCUCUUGCUAACAAAGGAAAAAGCACAUGAAAUGGAUAUAAACUCUGUUCAAUGGUCACCCGGUGAGGAGAACCGGUUGCUUGCGUCAGCCAGUGAUGAUGGGAUGGUCAAGAUUUGGGAGCUUGCAACUAAACCGUGACUGGUGUUGGUUUGGUUAUGUUUAUUUUUCCUUAGGUAUACCAUAGCAAGAAGAGAACUAUAUACAGUUCUUUCAUAUGAUUUAAGCUUCAUAAAAAUUUCCAAUUGUUUUCAAAGAUGUAAACUUCAUGAUAUUUCAAUAAGAACUUAAUUUGUCCCAUCAUAGUCUUUUAUAUUUGUAUUCUUUAAAUUUUAACCC